GGUACGCGAGAGAGAGGUUAAAGUAUUUCAGUCUCAGAACACUUUGCUGCUUUUUGUUGAAGUGUGAUUGCUACUUUUAAUUUAGCGUAAUUUAUUGUUGCGUGAGUCAACGAAAUGAUUAUACUGAAUCGAUACCCGCAACUCGCUCGUCUGAGUAUUCUUUGUCGUAAUAAUGUCUCUCGGUUUUCUACAGAAAGAACUGACGGUCCACCGAUACCUGCGAAUCCUCUGAAAGAUGUGUACAGUGCCAAUGAUCAAGUUGGAACUGGAGUGAUAUAUGACAAAAAGCCAUUCAGGAUACAACUUAAAGCUGGCAAAAUUUAUUCAUGGUGCUUAUGUGGACGGAGCAAAAGUCAGCCGUUCUGUGAUGGCACGCACAAAGACAUUUUCCUCAAGAUAAAGCUGAGGCCCAUACGUUUCACUGUUACAGAAAAUAAGGACUAUUGGUUGUGCAAUUGCAAACAAACAUCAAAUCGACCUUUCUGCGACGGCACGCACAAAAGGCAGGAUAUACAAGAGAAGAGAAUUUAAAUUUAAAAAAAGAAUAAAUAACAUGAAACCAUAUUGUUGAUAUAAUG